AAAUCAUAGCUCAAGCAAAGCACAACUAAUCAAUCAUAAACAUAAUAAAGCAAUGGUAAUUAAUUCACUAAAAUACUUAAAAUCAUAAUACUUAAAAGAAUACGUAAGGCGUAGAAUUUACCCCCUUUACACUCACCUCGAAAAGACGACUCUCGAUUACUUAUUCGAAGGAAUCCCUCCUUCGCCCAAUUAUCUCAGGAACACCAUUAUAGUGGCUCGUCGGAUAGCAUCAUCACUCAAACUAACCCGGGCUCUCUCUCAAUUAUCCGAAACUCAUCCCUUGUCCAUCACGUCUCCGUCGCUGCCGCCGCUGGAACCCACCACCAAAACCUUUCCCUUCCUUUUCCCUUUCACUAGAGGACAAUGGACUUUGUCCAUUUAAUUCCUCCCUUUAACUGCUGCCUUCUUCCAAUCAUCACCAGGAAAUAAUCACCCAUAACUAAUUUCAUUCACCCAUAACGUGUAGCUAUAAGAUUGGAGCUUAUACCAUAUGGCUUAUUCGGCAUCAAUUCCACCAAAAGCACCCCUCGAGAUCCUGCCACCUGCACAGCCUGAAUCUCAAUCCAUCCUUCAACAUGUAAUCCCCUUUUUCCUCAUUAGGCUCCAUCCGUAUCACCAUUCCCCAUUUGAAACUUCGACAAUCAGGUGCGUUACUGCACUUCUUACCUCCCUUCUCGUUUUCGGUGCCCGUGGUAUCGCAUGGACAACCAAAAUGGAGCGAGAGAUGAUGGGGGUUAAAAGAAUAAAAGGCCUAAGUGUGUUUCCUUCGGCUGCUAGGGUUUCGGGUUUCUUGGGUAGAUAGUGGCUGGGGAGAAGGGUUUCCGCGUCGGGGUUGCGAUGGGGAAAAUUGCUGGGCGAUGGUUUUCUGUAGUUGUGAUGGGAAAAGGGUUAAUGAGGGCUAAGCGCCCUCUUGGCCGGGCUCUAUCUUUUUUAUUUUAUUUUUAAAUUACAAUAAUAAUAUAACAAUAAUAUUUAAUAUUAUUAUUACUAAUCAGCAGUUGCAACCCUUUGUACAUAACCGUUAAUCCAACCAUUAAUAUAUUAUGGUUUAACCUAAACCCGAAAGUCGGGGUGUUACACCCUGGCCCGCCUACAACCGUUUCCUCUCUUCAUUUUUGUGACCACACACCGGCCCAUUCUUCUUUUAAUUCUAACUCGGGCUUAAACCCACCUGUUUUUGUUCCCAAAAAAAUCCCACAAUGCAGACUGGACCCGACCCACCUUACUACUUUAAAAGCUUUGCCAGCCCAAUCAGUUGAUUGGGUUUUGACGCAUUACCCAAACACGCUCAUAACUACCUUACUCUUUAUCGAAAUUCAACACCGUUCAAACCAUUAGUUUAUGUUUUGAGUCCCCUUAAAUAUUACUGUGGACUUUGACCAUUUUUUCCAAGGGUAUAAUUGUCAUUUUGACUUUUGGAAAGAGCGGGGUGUAACAUUUCCUCCACCCUUAUAAAAAUUUCGUCCUCGAAAUUUGAUCGGACUCACCCUUCCAUACUCCUCAUUCUCAUGCUUCCUUGGCUCAAGAAUUCACUCUUGUUAUAUGAAAUUCAAUGAAGUCAGUUGCUUGCUGCCUAGGGUGUGAUGGGACAAAAUUUUGAUUCAACUUAUUAGUCCAGCUCAUUUAGUACUUGAGGUUGGACCCUAAAUCGAAGCCGAGGUAUCACAAUUUCUCACCACAAAAACCAUAUGUUACGAAGUAAAGGGCAGAGCUCUCCUGGUUGCUGCAAAUAUGCUAAUAGGUAAGAGACUAAGAGACACAUUUGUACUUAAUUCUUGAAAUGCUAUUAUGAUUUUGUUUAGUUAGUAAUUAGUGAAUUUUUUUAUGUAGUGAUUUUAGACGAUUUGAACUAAUCGUCCAGUGGAAAUCAUAAAAAGUAGAGAACAAUUUGGGCUUUCAUUUCGUUGGUGGUAGAAUCUUUCAGUUGACAGUUACAUGCAGGGUAACAUAUCACCAAUUUUGUGAGAAGCUAGUUAUGAGGAUACAACGUAAUGACGAAGCAGUACAAGAUAGUGAUAUGAUCACAGGUUUCACUUACAAUAAGGUGUGUACAAGAGCCAUGACUAAGAGAUUAAGGCUGUGUACAAGAUCGAUCAACAAAAGAGACAUGGAAUGAGUUAUGUUAAAGGUUACCAAGGGAAAGCCACCAUUGGAAGUUGUGACUCCCAAGUUAAACUGUGUUAAGUUAGGCGCUAGGACUGAACAAGUAAGCCAGAGAGAAGGCCAUGAUUCUUGAAAGAGAUCGCAAGCUAGAGAAAGAUGCAAAGGAUGCCUCUAAUGCAUACAGAAAGUAAAAGCUGUAAUAUGAGGUUUCAGAGUUAAACAAGAAGUAACAAGGAGAUGACCACUCAGUUUAUGGUUUAAAGGAUAAGACGAAGCAUCAAAGAAGAAAGUAAGAGAUUUAAAGCUAGAAGGUACAAGGACCUAGGUGACCUACGUGGUUUAUGGUUUAAAGGAUAAGACGAAGCAUCAAAGAAGAAAGUAAGAGAUUUAAAGCUAGAAGGUACAAGGACCUAGGUGACCUACGUGGUAAACCACAGUCGAGGUUACGUUAUAAGAGUUUUUGUGAUCUAACCAGAAGGAGGUUAAGCCGCCAUCAGUAGCCUUAGGAUUAAAAGGGGUAGCACGGAUAUCAAUAGGGGAGCGUAGGAAUUGACCCAUGCUGAAGGAACCAUAUAUGGUGAAUCAGGCAUCAAGUGUGCAUAUCAAGUGGAGUUAUCAAAGAGGAGAAUAGAGAGGCUUAUAAAGGGAGAAGAAGUGAUGCCUAGGAACCAGCAUCGGAGUCAAUCAUCAUGCAGGUCAAACAUUCUCUACAGACAUUCUAUACCUAGGAGAGUCGUCAGCAGUCAAGAUAGGGAGGACGAAGUUCAAGGUAUGGGCCUGUUACGAGCUGAAGUUACGACGAGUCAUGACCUGAAUAGCUGGCUAAUAAUUUAUUUCCUUAAGUUCUUAAGGAAUCCUAAGUAGAGACCCAAGACAAAUCGUUGAGAACAACAAGAGCUACGAAAGCCAUUACACCGUCAGAGGCAUUUAAGAAGGGAGAGUGCCUUAGUGCCAUAGACGCAUUGAGCAAGUAACUAGCUUGAGCAAAAGAUUUAUGAAAAAUGGGUGAGUAAUUAGUUGGCGAAGAACCACACGAAUUGGAGGAAGGGGUUUAUAGCUCCAGGUUGUAUAAGGUAAAGGAAGUAUAAGUCCUUGCAGCAGAAGGAUUACCUCAAGUGAGACUUUAGGUUAUCAGCAAUGAACAAAUUUCGAGGUCGAAAUUUUCUUAAGGAGGGAGGAAAUGUGACACCUCGAAUUCGAUCUAAGGUCCAACAACAAGUACUAAAUGAGCCGGACCAAUAAAAUUGAAUUGAAAUUUUGUCCUGCGGUGCAAGUUUGAGGAUUUAAAAGGACAAGUAGCCACUCAAAGCUACUCGAUGCUAAUGAGCUUGUUGAGAAUACCUUUUAUGGUCAAGAGGAGAUAACUUGAGGUGAGGUAGACUAUACGUGACAAGCAACGGACAUCAUCAAGGUUCAUAUAGCGAGAGUAAAUUUUGAGGCAAAGAAGCACAAGAAUGGUGUUGACAAAGGAAUGGGAUUCAAGCAAAUUUCGGGGACAAAUUUUUUUUUUAUAAGGGUGGAGGAAAUGUUACACCCCGAUCUUUGGAUUCAGGUUCGACCAUAAUACGUGAACGAUUGGAUUAACGGUUGCGUACAAAGAGUUACAACCUCGGAUUAGGGAUAAUAAUAAUAAUAAUUAUUAUUAUUAUAUGAUUAUUAUUAUUAUUAUUAUUCAGUAAAAGAAAAUAAACUAAUCCAACCGGCCACACUUCUCCAUCGUUAAUUAUUAGUCUUGGUCUGGGGGAAAAUUCUAGGUUUAGCGAACUCUUCACCAUGGAUCUUUGGCGGAGGUCUCUCACAAGCAAGGCGAUCCAGGACGGGCUCUGUUUCCCAUUGCUGAUUGACAUCACGGAGGAGGCAGGACUGCCUGUGCCCAACUGCUCCUCCACCCUCCCGGACGAGCUCAAGCUCGGGAUCAUGGCGCCACUACCGGCGGAGCGCUCAUCGUGUUGUCGCAUCGCUAAAAUCCUCCUUCCCUUGCCGCCAAUUCAUGGCUCUUAGUUCAUCCUCCGUCUACGUUCCCCCCCAUUUGAGACAGCUUGGAAAUGGACGGUGCAUGAGCGGCGGUGACGUUUGUAGCAGCAGGGAUUUUAGGGGAUCUUCUCCUUUAAUUUUGGAUUGGAAGGUUGCUGCCAUCCCCAAUUUUUAUCCCCGGAGCCAGCGAUGAGUCCGAGCCGGAAACUGGGUCGUCGAUGAGUGGUUCAACGCUUGAAAACUUGGAGGAUUGGAGAUGGAAGCUGACAAUGCUAUUGCGCAACAAAGGCGAGCAAGAAGUUGUAUCCAGGGAAAAAGAAGGGCAGGUUUGAUUAUUAAGUUUUGUCAAUUGGAGGUCCAUUUGUCAAAGAAGCCAAUCCAGUGGCAGGUGGCGGAUUCAUAUUAGAAUGGAUGGAAUUAUAUGUUGAGGGGGCAUUGAGGAGGUGAGAGAUAUGGCCACGUAAUUUGGAAAAGAGGAAUGCUUAGUUCAGCAUGUGCUAAGGUGAUCGGUCCAAGGUUGGAUGGUGGAUGAUUCAAGGCAACCGAGUUGAGGUGAGUGUAAAGGGGAUAAAUUCUACGCCUUACG